GGAGCAGGGCUGGGGCUGUGGUCUCCUGGGAACUGAGGGACAACAAAAGCUUCAGAGAUUUGAGAGUGUGGACACUCCCCAGCUGGGAUGGCACACAUGGAGGCCAAUCAGGCUUCUCCACCCGUCACCCUGGCCCUUCUCUGCUUGGAUGGUGUCUUCCUCUCUUCGGCCGAGAAUGACUUUGUCCAGCGUAUCCAGGAGGAGCUGGACCGCUUCCUGCUGCAGAAGCAGCUGGCAAAGGUACUUCUCUUCCCUCCACUCUCCAGUCGCCUCCGGUACCUGAUCCACAGAACAGCAGAGAAUUUUGAUCUCUUGAGCAGCUUCUCAGUUGGGGAGGGCUGGAGGAGGAGGACGGUCAUCUGUCAUGCGGACAUCAGGUUACCCAAUUCAGACAGCUUCUCUGGACCCUGCCGCCCUCCUGCCUCCUACCCUGGCAAGAACCGUGGUCCUCGGCCCACCUCAAACCAGGGAGCGACUGUUAAUCGCCGAGGUGCUCGGGCAGGCCCGUGGCAUCGUGGACGCAAGCCGGAUCAGCCUCUGUAUGUGCCACGGGUGCUACGCAGGCCUGAAGGACAGGCGUCCACCUCUACCCCGAGGCCCAAGGGAGAGCUCCCGGCUGGCGGGGUUUCAGAGGAGCCUGAAGAUGUUGGUGCUGGGGACCCCGACUCUGCUCAGGGACUCCCUGCCUCGAUGACUCAGGGAACAGAGGACUUACAGGGCCCAGACCAAAGUGGUGAGAAUGAGCCACUGCCGGACCCAGUUGGCAUGGAGCCCCUGGGGCCUGGGAGUAGCUCAGGGAAGGGAGACGAGGUGGAGAUGACCACGCAGCCUGUGUCCCACCUGCAGCCAGACGUGGAAGAGGGCAGUGGGAGUGGUCUGGAGAAGAGCACUGUGGCAGAGGAUGGAGAAGAAGAGGAUGUGGAGGCGGAGGGGUCCGGCAGCUGCUCCGAGGAUGAUGACAAUGAGCUGCUGCAGGAGAUCACAAACCACCUGACGGAGAAGGAGAUUCAGAUAGAGAAGAUCCACAUGGACACGUCCUCCUUCAUAGAGGAGCUGCCUGGAGAGAAGGACCUGGCCCACGUGGUGGAGAUCUACAACUUUGAGCCAGCGCUCAAGACUGAGGACCUCCUGGCAAUAUUCUCUGAGUUCCAAGAAAAGGGGCUCAAGAUUCAGUGGGUGGAUGACACUCACGCGCUCGGAAUCUUUCCCUGCCUGGACUCAGCUGCAGAAGCUCUGACCAGGGAUUUCUCGGUGCUCAAGAUCCGGCCCCUCACGCAGGGAACCAAGCAGUCGAAGCUCAAAGCCUUGCAGAGGCCAAAGCUCCUGCGUCUAUCGAAGGAGAGGCCACAGACAAAUACGGCGGUGGCCCGGAGGCUGGUGGCCCGGGCCCUGGGGCUCCAACACAAAAAGAAGGAGCGGCCUGCUGUCCAUCCCCAACCCUAAGGGCCAGCAAGCCUGGAUCUGCGCCCCCGAGACUGCUGGGGUCCCAGCACCACAGCCGUUACCGACACGGAACAGCCCUGCACCAACAUUGGAGCUUCAGUGUGGGUGUGGUGGGC